GAGCAUGAGCAAGCGAGUGAAAGAGAAGGAGGAGUGACAGAAAGGGAAAGAAAAGAGGGAAGAAAGAGACUCAUUAAGCCAAGUUCCUCUCAGCACUCGUUCUGCUACACAGACUCUGUCUCUUUCUUUUCUCUCCCUCACUCUCUCUCUCUCACACACACAUACACACACACCACAAAAACACACGCUCAAAAACACAAAGCAGAAGUGGACAAAGACACACGGUUUCAGUCGCCGCGGUUGGCUAUGGCUCAGGGCUCUGACAGCAAUGACACAAGUUACAAGUCCCCAUCACCUGGAAGCAGGCCGAGCUCCUCAGAUGAUGCGAAGAAGGUGAUGCGGAGAGAGAAGAAUCGGAUUGCUGCUCAGAAGAGCAGGAUGAGGCAAACACAGAAAGCUGACAGUCUGCAUAUGGAGAGUGAGAACCUGGAGAAGGAGAACGCUGCCCUGAGGAAAGAGGUGAAGCAGCUGACGGAGGAGGCCAAGUUUCUGUCGUCUGUGCUGAGCAGUCAUGAACCUCUGUGCACCGGCCUGGCUCCUCAGACCCACGACCCCCUCUACCCUCCUCAUCACAGCAGCUACCACCACCAGCACAUCACUGUACCACACUACCAGCACUGACCUGACUGACUACUGAGGCGGCCCGAAUGCGUGCUGCGAACAGAUGACUGACCUCAAUGGAGAGAAAGACUGACUGGAUAUGUGUCUUUAAAUGUUGUUCAAAACUGAGGAGUAUAACAGACCAAUAUGUCUACCAAACGAUGACAGUAUGGACCCCAAACUGUAACGAGUAGUGUUGAAAAGUAUUUAUUUUUUGCUUGUGUUCAUCUCUUUGCUUUUACCUGAUUAAUAUCAGUGAUCUGUAUGUGAACUUAAAGCUCCAGUGUGUAGGAUUUAGGGGACAUAUUGGCAGAAAUUGAAUAUAAUAUAAUAAGUACGUUUACUUGUAUAGUUACCUGAAAAUUAGAGUUAUUGUGUUUUCGUUUCCUUGAAUGAGUUGUUUAUAUCUACAUAGGAUGGAGGUCCUCAUCUGCGGAGUCUGCCAUGUUGCACCGCCAUGUUUCUACAGUAGCCCAGAAAGGACAAACAAAACACUGGCUCUAGAUCAUUUCCACAUCGGACAUGGUAGUUGGAAGACCAUCUGCAUAGAGGAGCACUGGGAAAAUACUGAUUUGUAAAGUAAAACGGCUUUAUUAGGUGUUUUUACUGCUGGGGCCAUUCGUUUUCAUGUGGAACCCCCAUGGUUAGCUGCCCCUCUGCAAAAAGCCAAUCAGCACCUGAAAAACACUGAUUUUUAAACUGAAACUGUUUUAUUUAGUGUUUUUACCAGUUUUAAUCGCCUGGUCUGUUUGUUUUGGAGAGGAAGACACCUCUGCAGAUAAUUUGGCUCCCAGUGAAAACCUCCUGAACGGCGGGAUCUUAGGUCAUCAGAGAAUAAAAGGUGAGCACAUUAACAGGUGCUAAGCUUGCAGACUGAACAGGCUUUUAAUGUGAAACUGCUUUAUUCUGUGUUUUAACUGUUUUAAAUAACUGGGUCUGUUGUUUUGGAAAUGAGGAGACCUCUGGGGAUAAUUUGGCUCCCGGACAAAAACUCUUGAAUGUCUGAAUCAAAAAAAAAAAAAAGAAAAGUUGAGCACACAUUACAUUACAUUAGCUGACGCCAAACAGCAUUGGAGAAACACAGAUUUUUGUGAAACUAAAUUUAUUCAGAGUUUAUACUGCUUUGAAUCACCUGGUCUGUUUCUUUUGGAGAGGAAGCGACCUGUGCAGACAAUUCAGCUCCUAAAUGUCUGGAUUUUAGGUUUUUAGAGAGAAAAGUAAGCACACAUUAGCAGGUGCUAGGGUAACUGCCCAUGUCUGACACGCCAAACGGCACUGGAAAAACACUGAUUUUUAACUUGAAACUGCUUUAUUUAGUGUUUUUACUCAUUUUAAUCACCUGGUCUGUUUGUUUUGGAGAGCAGAAGACCUUUGCAGAUAAUUCGGCUCCAGGUAAAAACCUCUUGUACAAUGAACAGUGAAAAAAUUCUAACUGGGGAAGUUUCAGCUGGUUGCAAUCUGCCACUAAAUACCCCUACGUCUUACACACUGCUCUCUUAAAUGAGUAGAAUGAUCAACCAGUCUAUGUUUACAUUGGGAGAAAAGAAAAAAACCUACUGUAAGAUCAGGUGACUCAGAUGGUACAGUAUUUUUGUAAAUUUUUAGUGUCAUGUCAUCCUGUCAUGUUUGAGUGUUUAUUAAUGUGUUUCAUUGUGUAAAUGUAGAUUGCCAAUGCUCAGGAGAUUUUUGACAGAUUUGAUUGUGGACAAACAGAAUGUAUAAAGUCGAGAUCCUUUAAAAUGAAAAAAAAGAGGCUUCAAUGUACCAAAAAACAGAAAGGCAGUGAAGAAUGGGCAUUCCAAGGGUCUUGACUUGUGUAAUGGUGAUGAUGCUGUGAAAAGACCCAGCAAACGAUAUUUAUUAAAUGUGAUGCCUUUUAGGUGAUCAUCUCUGA